AUGACAAUAAGCCACUACAAGAGGCCUAGGCUUCAAGUACAUGGUGUAUUUGUUGCACAAUCUGGUUUUACAAAUAUUAAUCAUGGUUUGCCUACAACCAGAAAAGUUUAUACUGGCCCUUUAAUUGAUUCUACCCAUGUUACUGGUGAUAUUGGAUAUAAGCCUUCUAAAGGUUUGAAAUGGAAAUGGAAGGAAAUUGUGACUCAAAGACAACUUCAAGUCCAAGCUGCAAUGGCUAGAAUCAAGACAAGGUCCCAAUCCGGUGGAAUACAAACAAGAUCUAAGGUUAUGGGGAAAUCUCCCUCCAAGAAGACCACUUGAAUUUCUUUACUGUUUGGAUGUAGUAUUUGAUAUACUAGACUUCCUUUUUUGUUGAAUUCAUG